CAGGAAGGCGUGGCCUGCCGGAAAUCGGGUGGGGUAAAAACAAGAACGUAAACAAAGCUCCUUCUCUCUCUCUGAACCGCGGAACUUCUCACAGCGCGAAGACUAUUCUGAAACAACAACAACAGGACAAGACUACAAUAUGGCUACCGAAGAAGCACUGAAUUACAACAAUGAUGACGAUGAAAUACUCAGACCUGACGACCUGUCGGAGUAUCUGGCUGCAGGGACCAAGGAGGCUCAUGACCGGGCUGAAAACUCUCCUUUUGCUAAAGACUUUCUCAGAGGCAGAAUAAAAAGAGAGCUCUUUAAGUUGGGCACAGCUGCACUUUAUCAUGUCUACUCUGCCCUUGAGGAAGAAAUUGAGAGGAACAAGGAGCACCCUCUGUUUGCAGCAGUGUAUUUCCCCUCUGAGCUGCACCGAAAGGAAGCUUUAGCCAAGGAUCUGGAGUAUCUGUAUGGCUCAGACUGGAAGAACCAGAUCAGCUGUUCUGCAGCCACAAGGCCUUAUGUGGAGCGCCUUCACCACGUGGGUCAACACGAGCCAGAUCUGCUUGUGGCCCACUCCUGGACCCGCUACAUGGGGGACCUCUCUGGGGGUCAGAUACUGAAGAAAGUAGCCCAGCGAGCACUGAAGCUACCGGCUAAUGGUGAUGGCAUCCAUUUCUACCAGUUUGAGGGCAUCCACAACCCCACAGCCUUCAAGAGGCUGUACCGCAGCCGCAUGAAUGAGCUGGAGGUGGACGCCGAGACUAAAAAGAGACUGCUGGCUGAGGCCAACCUGGCCUUCAAAUUCAACCUCCAGGUGUUUGAGGAGCUGCAGGAGAUCGGGAAUGGUAUUAAAGAAGAGGUGCAGGACAUCAGCUUCCCAGCACAUGGUGAUCUCGGAGGAGAUAUUAGUAAAUGUCCGUACUACGCUGCCAAGAUGGCGGUUAGUGGGAACACAACGUAUAUGUGUCAGCUAGCCAGGACACUGCUCAGACACACCAGUGCCCAAGUGCUUCUGGCCACAUGGAUUGCUGCUAUCACCGGAUUGGCUGCUUGGUACAUAAUGUGAUUUGACCAGUAGAAAAUCACUAUAAGGGCAUUGCAAAUAAUUUAAAAGCAGUACACUGAAGUGAGAUACAAUAUAUAUAAUUCAUAUAAAUUUCACUGUUAUAACAGCCAAUUGUGACAAAAGUUUUGUCACACUGUCUCUGGGUCAAUGUGAUGGACAACCCUCUCCCCCAACCCAUUACUUACCAAGGUGCUAGCUAACAUGGGAGUUUGUUAGCUAAAGAAACAGACCUGGUAGUAAGGGUCUCUUCCAAGCAUCUUGAACAUCUCUCAGCACAGCUAGCAUGGGGGAGUGGAAAGAGCUGUAACAAACAUUGAGAAAAGAAAAGGGAAAAAUAUACCUGCUACUUUUUGAUUUCACCAGAUGGCUCUUUAGCCAGAUUGGGCAUUACAUAUUCUACUGUUACUCAAAAAUGUAUUAAAGGGUAAAACAAAGCUUUUUGAGUGCUCUAUGUUGUUAAACAAACGUAGAACCCCUGCUGUACUGUCUGCACUCUAUAUGGUGUUAACACCUCUAGCUCCUAUGUUGUGUUUUGUUGUGAUGUGAUCUGAUAUUUAUGAGGUGUGCACAAAACCUUCAUUGUGUAUUUGCUCAAUACUACAUAAAGUCUGAGACAUUCUUUACUUACAAUCAAAACAAAUGGAACUAUGGUAAAAUACUGUAUACCAAACAGACAUUGUGUAAAAGUAAUAAAUUAAAUAAUAAAAAAAAUAAAAGUAAUCAAGCAACUUCAUUGCCUGGUUAACUAAGAGUCCUCUGGGUUUUAUGUGUACAAUUUGGAAGUAGUAUUUUUGUGGAACUGCACUUUAUGGUCAAAUUUAUUGGUACACCUGCUCAUUCACUCAUUUUGUUUAAAAUAAAGACAGAUAUUAUUAGGCUUUAACUGUACAACUUGGAGUCUCUAGGCUUUCUACUAGAGUUUGGGGGACUGUUUUGGGGAUUUGAUUAAAUUCAAUUG